CAGCCAACCCUAAAACCAUGCAAGUUUUCUCAUCCUCUUCUCUUCUAAGGCACAUUUAGCUUAAAAACCCAUCUCCAUCCCACCCCUGAGAUCAUUAGAAACAUCAACAUUGCCUGGAAAAAUGAAGGCUUUAGAAUGUGCAAUACUACUCUCUGCAGUUUUUUCAAUCUUUUGUGUGAUAUCAGUCUCAUGUACCAAUUCAUCCUCAGUUGAAUACAAUUUUCUCCAAUGCCUUUCCAAACAUUCUCAGCGAUCAAAUCCAAUCUCUGAAGCAAUUUACACCUCCAAAAGUGCCUCUUUUUCCUCUGUUCUGCAGUCAUAUGUGAGAAACCUCAGAUUUAUAUCCCCGACAACCCCGAAACCGCUGCUAAUUGUAGCAGCCAAGCAUGAAUCCCAUGUUCCAGCAACUGUCAUAUGUGCCAAAAGCCUUGGCUUGGAAAUCAGGAUAAGAAGCGGUGGACAUGACUAUGAGGGUGUUUCCUAUGUGUCCCGAAAUACAAAAGAUUUCAUCGUUCUCGACAUGUUUAAUCUCCGGUCCAUCAAUAUUGAUAUGGCGGAUGAAAGUGCAUGGGUCCAAUCUGGGGCAAUACUUGGUGAAAUUUUCUAUGCAAUUUCUGUGAAAAGCAAGAACCAUGCCUUCCCUGCUGGUGUGUGUCCUAGUAUUGGUGCUGGUGGACAUUUCACAGGAGGUGGUUAUGGUAACAUGAUGAGAAAAUAUGGACUUUCAACUGAUAACAUUGUGGAUGCAAAAUUGGUAAAUGUAAAUGGUAAAAUCCUUGAUAGAAAGGCCAUGGGUGAAGAUCUAUUUUGGGCCAUUAGAGGAGGUGGUGGAUCAAGUUUUGGAGUCAUUCUUGCCUGGAAAAUCAAGUUCGUUCGGGUUCCUGCCACGGUGACAGUGUUCGAAGUAAAAAGGACAUUGGCACAAGGUGCAACAGAAAGUCUUGUGAAAUGGCAACAAGUUGCUGAUAAGCUAGAUCACGAUUUGUUCAUAAGAGCAAUUAUUAAGCCAGCGAAUGGAACGAUCGAGGUGUCUUUCAUGUCCUUGUUUCUCGGAAACUCUGAAAGACUUCUGAAGCUGAUGAGUCAAAGCUUUCCUCAAUUGGGUUUGCAGAAAACAGAUUUCCAUGAAAUGAGUUGGAUUCAAUCAGUUUUAUAUUGGACAAACUACCAGAAUGGAACUACUUCCCCUGAGGUUUUGCUCAACAGGGUCCCCAAGGGGCAAGUGUUUCUGAAGCGAAAAUCUGAUUACGUGAAACAACCAAUUUCAAAGACAGAUUUGGAGGCCUUAUGGAAGGUGAUGAUUGAGAUUGGAGAAGUUACGAUGCUGUGGAAUCCUUAUGGAGGAAAAAUGAGUGAGAUUCCAGAGACAGCUACUCCAUUUCCACAUAGAGCAGGUAACUUAUUCAAGAUUCAGUAUUCAGUUAACUGGAAGGAGGAAGGGUUUGAGUCCACCAAAAGGUACUUGAGUUUGAUGAAAAAACUUUAUGUAGCAAUGACUCCUUAUGUGUCCAAGAAUCCCAGGAUGGCUUUCUACAACUAUCGUGACCUUGACAUUGGUACGAAUUCGAAAGGCGGGUACGAUGAAGCAAAAGUGUACGGGACUAAGUACUUCAAGGGUAAUUUUGAAAGAUUAGUACGUAUUAAAACAGAGGUGGAUCCUGAGAAUUUUUUCAGAAAUGAACAGAGCAUUCCAACUCUUCCGUCUAAACAACUAUAAAGGAGGGGCCGAGGGGGCUUUAGGUUUUGAUUUUCUACAGUCAUAAAUAAGAAAGUGAAGAAAAUUUUGUUGGGAUUAGAUAAUUCUCUUGUUUUGCAUUCUUUUUGUUUUUCCAGUUUUUGUUAUGUACAGGAUGGAGGCUUAGCCCAUAGUUGUAGUUAUCUAAAGGUUGGACUUAACAUGUCUCAUGUACCAAAUCAUCUAUUUCUUGUUUUAUCCUUUUGCCAAACCCAUCUAUGUAUUGUUCUCUUCAAACGUUUUUGUUGAAAAAAUAAUGUUCAUUUGUGUUCUACACA